AUGGGACCGAAACAGACACAGAACUGGGGGACAGGGGGGCUGGCGACACCACCAAACACCAUACGGAGGAACCAGGGGACACCUGGCCUGCGGCCGACGAACACGCCCGGCGGCAGGCCUCCGGCCACGCCCGGCUCGAUUACAACGCCUAGCAGAGCGCCGCGGGCCAACACAAAUGCCGGGAUCAGAAAGACAGCCACGGGAACGCGGCAGAGGUCACGGCGAAGGGCAGCAACACCGGCGCCGAGACGGCCCCGCGACCCCGAGCUCACCGCCGUCCUCCAAGCGCACAAGAUCCCCGUGCAUCUACCCGGCGACCUGGAGUACGAGCGCGCGGUCGCGAGCUCAAACCUGCUGUACCGCUUCUCGAGGCCGACGUACGUCAUUCGGCCGAAGAACAUCUCUCACGUAAUGACGGUCGUGAACGAGGCGGUCGCUCGGGAAAUGCCUAUUACGAUCAAGAACGGUGGCCAUUCGUACAUUGGCUCUUCGUUCCCCAACGACGGCAUAAUGCUGGAUCUCAAACAUAUGAAUGAGGUCACCUUGGACAAGUACGUGUUUGAAUUGUCAAAGUGCCUCUGA